AUGGCGGCGGGCCGACACACAAACCAGGAGCACAGCGGAGGCGUUACUUCACGCACGCCGAUUCUGACGUUGAGGAUGGCACCAAAGAAGGCCAAGAUUUCCGAGGAAGCGAAGAACGUGGAGAAGGACGAAGCCGAGGACAAGGAGAAGGACGAUGACCAUGAGGAUGAAUCCUCCUCCGAGGAAGAGGAGGACGAAGAGGAUUUCGAUGGGUCGUCAGACGACGAUAGCGAUGAGGAGAUAUUGGUUGACUUCGAGUUCAUGGACCCAAAGGAAAUUGACUUCCUUGGGCUGAAGGCACUGCUUGGAAACUAUCUGGACGGAGCUCUCUUCAACAGCUCGGAGUUGUGCGACGCCAUCAUCGCUCAGAACACCGUCGGCACUGUUUUAAAAGCACAGGGUGCGGGAGAUGAGGUUGAUCCCAUCGCUGUCAUGUCCGUGAUGAACCUGCAGCGCCGAAAGGAAAUGAAGUGGAUGCAGGAGACCAUUGAAUAUCUCAAGAAGAACUGCCCGAAGGACCUGAAAGACCAGUUCGAGGCCCUGCUGGGAGAGGAAGGGGUCGGGCUGAUUAUCAACGAACGUGUGAUCAACGUCCCUCAGGAGACCGCUCAACCCCUUGUAAACCUACUCUUCGACGAGAUUAGUAACGCGACAGAGGACGAGCCAACAGAGGAGCUCAGAGAAUCUUUCAAGUUCAAGAAGUACAUCUUGCUCACGCGUACGUUCUUGGAGGAAUACGCUGAACCAGCUGGCGUGGGUGGAGGCAAGCGCAAGAGGGAUGCUGCGACAGAGAUGGUCUACCCGAGGCCAGAAGAUCAAUUCUUCCACAAGGUGAGCAAGAUGUCCUUCCAAUGGAAAUCGCGCGAGCUUGGAGAAAAUGACGAUGUUGACAGCUUUCAACCUAUGCGUCUUUGCAUGGUGGUGGAUGCUAACAGCGUUCCCCAGGUCCGAAAGCAAGUCAAGGAGAUGUUCACGGGUGAUUUUGAAAUUAAGCUCUAA